AAUCCAGCAACUUGCUUUCAUAGCCUGCUUCUUAAAUUCUUUCCUCCAUUUUGCAGUCUUUACAUUUUUUUUUUCUUCCUAUAUAAGCAUUAAUAUUUUGUUCUAGAGAUUUACAAUAAGAAGUGUUAUGGAAGGUCUUCUACCUCUUGUGUAUAAAGCAAUCAAGAAAAAUAGAACUAGACGACAAUAUGAGGUUAUUUCAUUAGGAGGAAGCUACAACAUAAGCAUGGCUGAGAUCCACCCUCAAACUCAACAACCAGCUUCAGAUGAUUAUAAUAUUGGUCACAGGAGACAUAAAUCUGUUGGAGAUAGUUUUGGUAAUGGUUUUCAAUUUCAUGAUCAGACAACAACUGGUUCUGUUUCUCCUUCAAAAAAACUUGUUAGGUUUAGUAGUCAUAGAAUGUUUUCAUGUAUCAAAGGUGCCUGAAGUCAAGGUGUGUGUGCAAGAUUUGAUAUUGUAUGUAUGUAUGUGCUGUUUUUUUGAAUAAUGUUGUAAAGAUGUUGUUGUUUUGUGUCCUAAUUAUUUCAAAAGAUGUUCUGUUUCUAUAUUUGUUCAGUGUUUUAUUUAUUUA